UUCCUGGCGGUGAGUUUAAAGAGUCUCGGUUGGAGGGAUGCAGUGAAAACAGGCAGCUGCUUCAUGUGAAAUUUCCCACAUAUUACACAUUUGGGUCUCAACUGGAGGACAUGCAGAAACACAGCAUGCCACUGCAGGAUCUGCCCUGCCUGGGUCUGCAGGGCUCCAUGUUGUCUCAGUCUAAGAGGAUGACCAAACGCAAGUCCAGAGGCUGUCUCAGUGAGGGUCUGGACACUGAGUGCACCCCGACAGAGCUCAUCCACCAGUGGUCACCUCCACACAAGCACCAGCGGCUCAGCAGCAAGGGCAAAGAGAACGACAGCAAUCAGUUUGUCCUGGCCCGGAGAUCUAGGAAGAGAAAAGAGCCCAUGUCAUCAGGCCUUUCAUGGGACCACCUACCCGACGAACUGCUUCUCAGGAUCUUCUCCUAUAUCCCUCUGCAGGAUCUCCUCAGGAUGUCUGUGGUCUGCAAGCGCUGGCAUCGCUUAGCGUUUGAUGAGUCUCUGUGGCACAGUGUGGAUCUGGAGGGGUUGACCCACAUGGGUCCAGCUCUGCAGCAGGUGUUGAAGUUGGGAGUCCGUAUGCUGCGCUGCCCUCGCUCCUUCGUGGAAGAGCCUCACUUCACAGGCACAGAGCCUCUGCAGAUAACUAUGAUGGAUCUGUCCAGUUCCAUCAUCCCCACCUCAGCUCUGGAGAGCAUCAUCAGUCGCUGCAGGCUGCUGGAGUAUCUGAGUCUGGAGGGUCUGCAGCUCUCAGACGCCGUCAUCAGCUCUCUGUCCCAGAAUCCAAACCUGCUGCAGCUCAACCUGAGCAGCUGCUCGGGCUUCUCUGCUCCCGCUCUGGCUGACAUGCUCAAAUCCUGCACCAGAAUAGAGCAGCUGAACAUAUCAUGGUGUGACUUCAACAAUGAUCACGUUCAGAGUGUUGUUAAUAACGUGAGCUCCAGAGUUACUCACAUCAACCUCAGUGGAUACAGAGAGAACCUCAUGCUAGACGAUGUGAAGGUGCUGGUGACAAGAUGCCCCCAUAUUCAAACUCUAGAUCUAAGUGACAGCACUCUGCUGAUGGCCGACAGCUUCCCCGUCCUCAGACAGCUGGAGGGUCUGGUCCAUCUGUCCCUGAGUCGCUGCUAUCACAUCCACCUCGCUGCUCUCACGGACUUGGGGCAGACGUUCCCCAUGCUGAGCGUGCUUGACGUGUUCGGCAUCGUAAACGGCAGCCACCUGUCCUCCCUGAAGAAGGAGAUGCCUCGCAUCAGCAUCAACUGCAUGCCCUUCUCCAGCAUCGCCCGGCCCACGCCCGACAGCCGGCCCGUCAGCUGCCUCAUGUGGAACAGGAAGUGUGGGCUGAGGGUGAGACUGUAAGCGCCGCAGCUCCGUGGUGUUUUUGGUUCAUCGGUGUUGUGAGGUGUUUGGUCCUGCAGUAUUCAUACACACACAUACAGUACAGGGAGCCUGUUGUGUGGUGAUGCAGCCAUCUUUCAGUGUUUGUUGCUGCUGCUGAUGUUUUUAGUGUUUGCUGGCAUAAAGGGUACUAAAGGUCAAAGGUCAAAUACUGGACCGUGAUGAAGUACUGAGUGCAAGCUUGUAGAAAAGUGUAAUACUUUAUUUAGGGAAGUCAGAUUUGGGUGUUGAAUCCAGUUCUUGUCGGAAUGUGUUAAAACAAGCUGAAUGAAUUUUUGAAUCUGUUUGAGGUUCUAAUAAUGUGUUAAUUUAAAAUAUUUUGUAAGGGAAACGUGGUUUUAAAGACUCGAAUGAAAUGUUUGAAGACGUCUGUAAGUAUUUUUGAUAUUUUGGAUCGUUGAUUCUACAGACAUCUCAAUAUACUGAUGUCAGAAAUGUUUUGUUCUCAGCUGUAAUAAUGAGAGGACGAUGGUUUUAAUGAGAGAAUAAGUUUUAAUGUGAAAUGAUGUACCUGGAUCUUGAAUCUCCAAACAGUUGAUGAUCCUGUUGAGCAGUAGGUGUGUAUGUUUGUGUGCAAGCGUCCACUGUGUGCUACUGUAACAACUGGACAGCCGUGAGCUCAUUAUGACGUGUGUCAGUGUGGACAGCUGUACGUCCAGUGAUCUGUAAUCACCAUUUCAUUAAAAUGUCACAUAGACUGAACUUUUAAUUCACCUUGCAACACGAGUUUUAACUUGUGAAAUGUUUUAUUUUCCCCUCCGAGUCUUAACAAGUAAACCACUGAACACACAAACUGUUCCGUGUCGC